AUGAGUAAUAACAAUAACACAACUUGUGUGAACAUCUCAACUCUGCUUCAGCCUGAGGACAUUUUCUCCCGUCGUUGCAUCUGGGUGAAUGGGCCGGUCAUCGUCGGUGCUGGCCCAUCAGGCCUAGCUGUCGCCGCCGACCUGAAACGCCAAGAAGUUCCGUUUAUAAUCCUCGAGCGAGCUAACUGCAUAGCCUCUCUGUGGCAAAACAGAACCUAUGAUCGUCUCAAGCUUCAUCUCCCCAAGCAGUUCUGUCAAUUACCAAAUUUACCCUUCCCUGAGGAUUUCCCGGAGUAUCCAACGAAGUUCCAGUUUAUUGAGUACCUUGAGUCCUACGCAACACACUUUGAUCUCCGCCCCAAGUUCAAUGAGACUGUCCAGUCAGCUAAAUAUGACAAGAGGUGGCUCGUGGUGGCGACGGGAGAGAAUGCUGAGAAAGUGCCUGAGGACAUUUUCUCCCGUCGUUGCAUCUGGGUGAAUGGGCCGGUCAUCGUCGGUGCUGGCCCAUCAGGCCUAGCUGUCGCCGCCGACCUGAAACGCCAAGAAGUUCCGUUUAUAAUCCUCGAGCGAGCUAACUGCAUAGCCUCUCUGUGGCAAAACAGAACCUAUGAUCGUCUCAAGCUUCAUCUCCCCAAGCAGUUCUGUCAAUUACCAAAUUUACCCUUCCCUGAGGAUUUCCCGGAGUAUCCAACGAAGUUCCAGUUUAUUGAGUACCUUGAGUCCUACGCAACACACUUUGAUCUCCGCCCCAAGUUCAAUGAGACUGUCCAGUCAGCUAAAUAUGACAAGAGGUUUGGACUGUGGCGGGUCCAGACUGUUUUGAGAAGCGAGCUUCUCGGUUACUGUGAGUUCGAGUAUAUUUGCAGGUGGCUCGUGGUGGCGACGGGAGAGAAUGCUGAGAAAGUGGUGCCAGAGUUUGAGGGUUUAGAAGAUUUUGGUGGUGAUGUUCUUCAUGCUGGUGAUUAUAAAUCCGGCGAGAGGUACCGUGGAAAACGAAUUCUGGUAGUCGGAUGUGGAAACUCCGGCAUGGAAGUCUCUCUCGACCUAUCCAACCACGAUGCAAGCCCAUCAAUGGUCGUUCGUAGCUCUGUUCAUGUGUUACCGAGAGAGAUUCUUGGGAAAUCGACGUUCGAGUUAGGUCUAACAAUGAUGAAAUGGAUGCCGGUUUGGCUCGUGGACAGGACUCUGCUCGUUCUGACAAGGUUACUUCUGGGGAACACCGAUAAGUACGGGCUUAAGAGGCCUAAAAUUGGACCGUUUGAGUUAAAGAACACCGCAGGUAAAACUCCAGUGCUAGACAUCGGAGCCUUUUCAAAAAUCAAAUCAGGAAAGAUCAAAAUAGUAGCGGGAAUAGCAAAGUUUGGUCGGGGAAAGGUCAAACUCGUGGAUGGUCGAGUCCUCGAGAUUGAUUCCGUUGUUCUUGCUACUGGUUACAAAAGCAAUGUGCCUUCAUGGCUCAAGGACAACGACUUGGCAGAGAUUGGGAUAGAGAAAGACCCGUUUCCAAAAGGGUGGAAAGGGGAGGCUGGAUUGUAUGCAGUUGGGUUCACGAGAAGAGGACUCUCAGGUGCUUCGCUUGAUGCGAUGAGUGUGGCUCAUGAUAUUGCUAAUCGCUGGAAAGAAGAAACUAAGCAACAGAUCAAAACUGUUGCUGCUCGUCACCGUCGUUGUAUUUCACACUUUUGAUUUUUACUAUUUACAUAUACAAAUAUAUAUACGAGAAAAAGGAGGAU